AUGGCUCGCUUCGCCGUGGUCGCCGCCAUCGUCGCCCUCCUCGCCGUCACCGCGGCCGCGCAGGCCCCGGCCGCGACGCCCACCCCGGCGCCCAGGAUGGCCCCGCUGCCGCCUCCCCCGGCGCGGUCCCCGGCCACCGCCCCGGCCCCGGCCGCGAAGCCGCCCACCGCCUCGGCGCCGUCCCCGCUGGCCUCUCCCCCGGCCCCGCCCGCCGAGGGCCCCGCCGCGACCGCGCCCUCCGCGAUGACCCCGACCACCUCCGUCUCCGCGCCGGCUGGCGCCCCCACCGCCACGCCCACCGGGAACGAUACUGAUGAUGAGAGCAGAGAGAGAGGACAUUUGAGGAGGGGAUUCACCGCGGUGUAG